AGAAGCUGUCCGGUCCUGAAACAUGAACCAAACAGCUGGAGCGACCAACCAAUGCAGACAAACUUCAUCAGAAACCAAGGAUUUCGGAGAUAGGGGUAUAGACAGGAACUGGAAAGGGAUUGGCAUCUCUCUGCUGGUGAUACUGGUGGUGCUGUCUCUAAUUGGACUCUCCAUCUUCUUUUUGUCUAACGAUGAUGGCUUUAGAUCCCAUCUGACUUUGGAUGACCUUUUCCUCAGAGAUUUUCAAGUUCAUGCCAACGAGGCACAGUGGAUCAGUGCGGUGGAGAUCAUCUAUAAGAGCCGAGAUGGGAAUGUAAUAAAAGCAAACGUCCAGACCAAUCAGACUGAGCUCCUGAUGAACAACACUACAUUUGAAACAUAUAAAGCUUCCAAGUUUGCAGUGUCACCAGAUCUCAACUAUGUUCUCCUAACGUACGAUAUCCAAAAGGUGUAUCGAUACUCCUUCCUGGCGUCUUACAUGAUCUACAACUUGCAUACCAGAGAAGUUCAUGAGUUGAACCCUCCUGAGGUGACUAAUUCCAUUCUGCAGUUUGCCUCAUGGGGGGUCUGUGGACAACAGCUGAUUUAUAUUUUUGAGAAUAAUAUUUACUACAAGACGGAUGUAAAGAGCAGCUCUCUCAGACUGACGUCAUCAGGGAGGGAAGGACAGCUGUUUAAUGGGAUUCCUGACUGGCUGUAUGAAGAGGAGGUGCUGCACUCCCCUGUAGCUCACUGGUGGUCUCCAUCUGGAUCCAGUCUGGCAUUUCUUACCAUCAAUGACACACUCGUUCCGAACAUGAUGCUUCCACGCUUUACUGGGACACUCUACCCACAUGGAACAUACAUCCCCUAUCCAAAGGUCGGUCAGGUAAACCCUACAGUAAAGCUUAGUGUGGUCAGUCUGAACGAUUCAUCUCACACUACAGAGCUCCUGCCUCCUAACAGCCUGGAAAAAAGUGAGUACUACAUCACAAUGGUGCGGUGGGUGACUGAGGAGCUGGUAGCUGUGCGCUGGCUAAACCGAGCUCAAAACACAUCCAUCCUCACACUCUGCAACACACACACCAGAGAGUGUUCACGGAAACACGUGAUGACAUCAGACAAGUGGAUCGACCACCAGAAUGAGGAGCCUGUAUUUUCUAAAGAUGGAGAAACGUUCUUUAUGACAUUACCCAUUAAGCACGGCAGCAGUGGAUCCUUUCGUCACCUGGCCAUGAUGACAGAGCCGGGUUCAGGUGAAGAGCUCAACAUACGCCAUCUGACGUCUGGCAGUUGGGAGGUCACAAAAAUACUGGCCUACAAUGAAAAUUUGAACACAGUUUAUUACAUUAGCACAGAGGAGGGAGCCUCACAAAGACACCUGUAUAGGGUGAAAACAGUGGAUCCAUUUCAUCGAGAGUGUAUGACGUGUUCUUUAUUCAAACCUGACUGCUCUUACUAUAACGCUGCACUAAGUCCUGAAUUACAGUCUACACUGCUGCAUUGUGCAGGGUCUGGUGUUCCCAAAACUACAGUUCACCUUCUCAGCAAUAUUACCUAUUAUAUGACUCUGGAUUCUGGUGAGGAGCUGAAAGAUUCGCUCAGACAGAGAAAAAUCCCCCACAGAGUGUUCAAAAACAUACUGUAUAACAACCACGCGCUGCGGUUGGAGCUCAGCCUCCCUGUGGAUUUUGAUAAAAACAAGCAGCACGCACUGCUUCUGUUACUAGACAGUGCUCCUGGUGAUCAACAGGUAAGCGACCAGUUUCGACUGCACUGGGACUCUGUACUGGUGAGCUCUGACAGCAUCAUUGUGGCUCGUCUGGAUGGCAGGGGCAGCGUCUACCAGGGUCAAAAGAAUCUACAGGAGGUGCACAAGCAUCUGGGAGUGGUGGAUAUUGAGGACCAACUUACUGCGUUGAAAUUUCUAAUGAAGCAGUCAUACAUCGAUAAGAGCAGAAUUGGUGUGUUUGGCAAGGCAUAUGGCGGGUUCUUGAGCUCUAUUCUUCUUCUCUCUAAUGUCUCUCCGGUUCACUGCGGUGUUGCCAUGGCACCUGUUUCUGACUGGAGACUCUAUGGAUCAGCAUUUACUGAGAGAUAUUUUGGAUUCCCAGCUCUGGAUAUGCACAAAUAUCAGAUAUCCAGUCUGUUGCCGAACAUCAGGAGCUCUAAGCAGGUGAAGUUUCUGAUCUUACAUGGCAUGGCUGAUGCCUCGGUACAUUUUCAGCACUCGGCUGAGUUUGUGAAGCAGUUAUCCAUGUAUAAUGUAAGCUACACAAUGCAGAUUUUUCCUGAUGAAGGCCAUGACAUUAGCAGUAAACACUACAUGCUGAGCUCGGUCAUCACCUUCUUUCGCCAGUGCUUCUACGAAAGCGUUUUUACAGUGGAGACCCGGGAGGACAACUAGCACCUGAGGCUCAGGCGAGCAGCUCUUAUCGGACGUACCAGUGGAACAGCCACACCGAGCCACACAGUGGCCAGAUUUUAUGGACUGAGUCAAAGGAAGAUAAAGGAUUAGUGCCACACUGAGUCAGUGGAGAAUACAUUACCAUGACUUACAACAGCUAUAAAGCCUAAAAUACCUACAGUUUAAAUCAGCUAUUCACUCUUAGUGAAACUCUUCACCUCAUACACAAUACACAUACAGUGGUACAUUGAAACUCAACAUCAGUUGGUUCUGGGAGUGGCGUUGAGUUUAAAAGGCAUUGAGUUUUAAGGUAUUUUUUCCCAUAAGGAUGUUUGGAAAACCUGUUAAUGCGUUCCAUGAUCCUGUGGAACUGCUUUUUUUUUGUCUAAUGUAAAAUACAGUGUAAAUGCUGGCUUUUUUUUUUGUCUAAUGUAAAAUAAUAA